UUCAUGGAAAAGCGUGUUUACGAAGUUUGGAAAGGAAGUAACAAGUUUUUCCUUGGUGGAAGGCUAAUAUUUGGUCCAGAUGCUAGAUCUUUGCCUGUUACCUUAUUGCUGAUCAGUGUUCCUUCUAUAAUCUUUUGCAUAUUUGUUGCAAGGCAUCUUCGACAUAGAUUUUCUCCAUACAAUGCAGGAUAUGCAAUUAUGGUGGUAGCAGUUGUCUUUACUAUCUAUGUGUUGAUUAUUCUUUUCCUCACAUCAGCCCGGGACCCAGGAAUCAUUCCUCGCAAUUCACGUCCCCCAGAGGAGGAGCCUCACCAUGAUUCUUCUGUUCCAGCUCAGGCUGGGAAUCGGCAUACACCUGGCCGUCAGUUUCCUCGAACUAAAGAAGUUAUGGUUAAUGGAAUGCAGGUGCGGGUGAAGUAUUGUAGCACAUGCAUGCUUUAUCGACCUCCUCGGUGCUCCCACUGUUCCAUUUGCAACAAUUGUGUUGAGAGAUUUGAUCACCAUUGCCCUUGGGUAGGGCAAUGCAUCGGACUGCGCAAUUAUCGGUUCUUCUUUAUGUUCGUUUCUUCAACAACUCUUCUCUGCAUCUAUGUGUUCUCCAUGUCAGCAUUGUACAUUAAGGUUCUGAUGGAUGAUAACCAUAGAACAGUUUGGGAAGCAAUGAAAGAAUCUCCUCCAUCUGUCGUACUAAUGGCGUAUUGUUUCAUUGCUCUAUGGUUUGUUGGUGGGCUCACAGGGUUUCACUUGUACCUCAUCGGAACAAACCAGACUACCUAUGAAAAUUUUCGACAUAGGGCUGACAACAGAAUCAACAUUUUCGAUCGAGGUUGUCCGAGUAAUUUUGAUGAAAUAUUUUGCACAAAGCUAAACCGCUCAAAGAAUAAUUUCCGGGCUUUAGUUCAAGAGGAGGUGCCAAGGCCUACUGAGGAAGCGAAAGCAGAAGAUGUAGGUGGAGAUACGCAUCCGAAAAUCGAGGUAGAUCUAGAGAACUGCCAAGAUCUAUUGAAGAUAUCCGAGCAGCAUAAUAUAGAGGAAGGUAUAGACCUAUCGAAGAUCUCCCAACGACAAAACGACGAGGAAAAUGAUAGUAGAGAGAGUACUGAUCCUCUUCGUAGUACCUUGGAGGCUGAUUCUAUUAUGGGUAUAAAUCAUCGAGCUUCUGUGAAUAUGACUAUGAUUCGAUCCGACCCCGAACCCUCGAGUUAUGGUAACAGUAGUUCAGAAAUCGCAGCUGAUUCCCAUACCAAUUCCAGAGUUAUAAUAAAAGAAGCUGGUCGUUUAUUUGAGUAAUUUGUACAGUAGCCAUUGCAUUCUUUUGGUUAGUGUUUUUACUGUAUGAAGGGGAUAUUUCUUUGAUUUACAAAUGAGAAAGUUUCGAUUGGGGAGGGAAA